AUGACGAUAACCGAAAACCGUACCGACUCGGACGUCGCCCGGGUGAACAAGGUCCGCAUCCUCUGUCGAGUAACCAGGACGGAAUCGAAAAUUGGCUACUGGAAAGACACACUUACAGUGGGUACCUGGAACGUUCAAACAUUAUGGACAACAGGAAAAUUAGAAUUGCUAAGAAAUGAAAUGAAACGUUUCAGAUUCGAUGUAAUCGGCCUAUCUGAAGUACAUUGGACAGGAAAAGGAGAAACACUAAGUGGUGAUUUCAUCUGGUCAGGAGAAGACACUACACACACCAGAGGUGUAGGAAUGCUAUUAAGUACAAAAGGAAAAAAGACGCUAAUAGGAUACAAUCCGAUUAGUUCGCGACUAAUCACUAUUAGAUUCAAUGCAACACCAUUCAAACUCACAGUAAUGCACGUAUAUGCACCAACAUCAGCAUCAUCAGAUGAUGAAAUCGAAAUAUUCUACGAUAACAUCGAGCAUGCACUAACAAAAACGCCUAAAAAGGAUAUAAUAAUCGUAACUGGUGAUUGGAAUGCGAAAAUUGGGAGUGAUAAUACACACUGGGAGUCAGUGGUUGGUAGAUAUGGAUAUGGAGAUCGAAAUGAACGGGGAGAUCGACUCCUAGAGUUCGCAGCACUACACAAUCUAUAUAUUUGCAAUACACGAUUUCAACAGAAAGCAAAUAGAAAAUGGGCAUGUGCAUCACCAGAUGACGUGCACCAGAAUAUGAUUGACCUAGUGUUGAUACAAAAGAGAUGGAAAUCAUCAGUCACGAAUUGUCGAACAUUUCAAAGCGCAGAUAUCAGCUCAGAACAUUCACUAGUGCUAUGCAACAGCAAGAUAAGAUUGAAAAGGCGAUGCAUCAAGCCGCAACAGCAUCACAGACCUGAUGUAAGUCAGCUCAAGAGUCAGAAAGUGAGAGGAGUCUAUCUAACUAGAGUAGUCAACAGACUCCAAGACAUAGAUACACAGUGCAACCUAAAAGAACAUGCAGCGAAGGUCGAGGAAGCAAUGAAAGAUGCAUUACAAGCAACUGUCACAACUACAAGGAGAGCCAAAAAAUCGUGGAUCUCAGAACAAACCCUCAACCUAGUCGACGAAAAACGUAAGAUGAAACAAAUAAAGAACGUUUCAGCAGAAAACGGCCAGCUAUAUAAAAACUUGUGUAGCAAAGUAAAGAAAUUGGCACGACAGGGCAAAGAUAACUGGAUCCAAGAUAAAUGCGAUGAAACUGAAAACGGACUAAAAAUUGGAAAUACUAGACAAGCCUACAGCUUGAUAAAGACACUGAAAAAUAAUUUUGUACCACGAAUAACGAUGAUAAGAAAUCAAGAUGGUACAAUGCAACAAUCAAAAGAGGACGUGGAACAAUGA